ACAGGGACGUCUUCCGCUAGCGCUGUUGCUCCGUAUAUAUCAUCCACAAAUAAUAGUGUCGAGCACAGGCCAAUUUGUGAGAGGAUGUAUGUGUUCCAGCGAGGACAACACAGACGGGUCGAGGUCCUCGUCCUCUACUUCGUGUUCUGCGUCUUAGCCUUCGUCCACUACACCUUGAAUUGUGGACCAGCUUGUACUGUGACCAACAUCACACUCCAAGAGGAGCGAGUGGUGAUAGAUAUGAUGUUGCCUGAAGUAAGCCAGGAGGAUCCGAUCCUGUUGCGUUACAUCCGUCGCAGCCUCCUGGUCCCUCCCUUCACCCAACGCUACAACCUCACCAACCCUGGCAUGGUGCACUUCUCCCAGCACAACCAGUCCCGUUACGUCGACGAAAACGUAUUACGUGGCAUGGUGAGUGUAAUCUUUCACAGCAAUAUAUUCGAGUAA